AUUGCAAUACAUGCAUCAUUCACUUCAACACCUGUGUCAUCCACCACAACAACUUCAUCAUCCAUUACAACAACUGUAUCAUCCACUUUAACACAUGUUACAACAUCUACUGCAACACAUCCGUCAUCAACUGCAACAUCAUUCUUCAUCAUUUACUACAACGCCUGUACAAACAAUGACUACGACACCUAUACCAACUACUAUAAUAACUGCAUCAUACACUACAACACCAGAGUCAUCAAAUACAACACCUACAUUAUCUACAACACCUUCGCCGUCCACUAAAUUACUUGUAUCAUUCACCGCAAUCCCUGAAUCAUCCACCCCAAAAUUAUCAUCAGAAGCGACAACAAAGUCAUCAACAACAACAUCGCAAAAUCCUACUACAACGUCAGGCGGAACAAGAACAACACCAAAGCCGACGACAAUCGCAAUCACAUCUACGACAGCAUACUCCACUACAAGUACUGGUCUUAAAACUCCAUCUUAUACUACCAGUAUGACUUUAACUACAUCAAUGAAAUACUUCGGUUGUAGAACACCGCCUGGACUGCUGAACGGCUAUUUUACUAAAGGAGAGACAACUUACGAUUCAUCGAUUGAAUACAAGUGCAUAACCGGGUAUAACCGAAUUGGAAACAACACCAUUGUGUGCCUUGAAAAUGGGAACUGGAGUCAACUCAUGACUAAAUGCGAGAUAAAAAAUUGUAAGGAUACUCCAACUGUUGCGAACGGAUCGUGUUUCUCCAAUACUUCCACAUACCAGUCUGUCGCUGUUUGUUUGUGUGAUGUGGGAUGCACUUCUUCUUGGGGCAAUUAUACAGAGUGUCUUGCCAGUGGUACGUGGGCUGAUGUCAAAAUCACAUGUACAAUAAACGAGAUCAGGCAAGAUGUGCAUCAGCAGAUACAGAUGAACACCCAAGUUGCAACAGAAACAAGAAAGAGCCUCAGACUAAGUUCCGGAUCCACUGCUGGUUCCCCCACACCAACAGCAGAUUAUGAAGAACAGCACAGGCAAUGA